CGACGCUCACAGCACCCAGCUGCAGCUCCUGCUCCGAUGCCCUGUUCCGCCAGCAUGCAGGCGCAGAUGACGCUCGGCGCACACCUCUCCAGCAUGCAGACUCAGCACAGCGCUCAGAGCUCUCACUCGUCGUGCGUGCUGAAUGCUGCGCUGUUGCCGCUGACGCUGCCUGCAGGCGAAAGAGCUGCGCCUGCCUCACUUGAGGUUGAGCACGGGCGAGGCGAAGGCAUGGAACGCGAAAAGGCAAACAGGCUUCCCGCCUGGGGCGCAAGGCUGCCAAACGCAGGCGCGCGACGGGCCGGAAAGCGCCCGACCCGAAGCUGAAGCGCACCGAGGCGUGCAGACGGGCGGUCACGCAGACCAU